AUGCGUUUCACUUGGGCCUGCUCCCUUGUGCUUGCCACCCUCACUACCCUCAGCGCUGCUGCUCCUGCGGACCCCAUCGCUAGGGAUGUAGUAGCUUCGGAGGGUGAACCUCUUUCCAAGCGUCCGAACUUCAAGAUACUCUACGAAGGAGACGAGGACGAGCCGGGAUCUAAGGCGCCUUUAAGCAAGCGUCCGAACUUCAAGAUACUCUACAGAGGAGACGAGGACGAGCCGGCACCUAAGGCUGCUUAA